UCUUGCACACAGGGGAGAAAGAAAGAAGCAGAGUAGCUUUCUCAUCCUUGAUCAGGUAAAAUAACCAGCAAUAAUAAUGUCACCAGCUAAAAAAAAAGCUUCCCUAAUGCCAAUGCAGCAGAAAAGGUCACAUCCCAAACAUGGUGUGAAGAGUAACUGUUGAGUUCCACAGGUCAGUCAUGCGCGGAGGGAAAACCAUUCAAUUCCAGUUCUCUGCUGGACUGAUGUUUGGAUUUCUGUCCCUUCGCUUCCUGUUGUACGUGAACGACUCGGCAGAACAGUCUAUUUUUCACGCAGCGGCUCAUGUCAAACAACAAACCGAAGUAUAUCUCCAUCAUAAUUGCAGAGAUGAGAAGAACAACACACCAUCUGCUCCUCUGCGGUCAGUGCGCAUCUUAUGUUGGAUCAUGACGGGACCCCAGAAUCUGAAAGGCAAAGCCAAGCACGUCAAAGCGACUUGGACCCGGCACUGUGACAAAGUACUGUUCAUGAGCUCCGUGGAGACGGACUUCCCCACUGUGGGGCUGAACGUGAGCGAGGGGAGGCAGAACCUUUAUUGGAAAACCAUUCGGGCUUUUCAGUACGUCCACCGGCACCACUUUGACGAAGCAGACUGGUUUGUGAAGGCAGACGAUGACACAUUCAUUGUCAUCGAAAAUCUCCGCUAUGUUUUGUCCAAGUAUGACACAGAGGAGCCUCAUUACCUGGGCAGAAGAUUUUCCCCUUUCGUCAAACAAGGCUACAUGGCUGGAGGAGCAGGUUAUGUCCUCAGUAAGGAAGCGCUGAGAAGAUUCAUUAAAGGUUUCCAGACCGGCAAGUGCACCCACUUCUCUGACAUCGAAGACAUGGCUCUGGGACAAUGUAUGGAGACGAUGAAUGUGUCAACGGGGGACAGUAGAGACGUAAAGAUGAGACAGACAUUUUUUCCUUACCCACCAGAAUACUAUGUAGUCAGACAACCUCCAAGACCUCGACCUUGGUACCUGCUGUAUGAUCAUUACCCUGUAUCAGAGGGUCCAGCUUGCUGCUCGGACUUCACCGUCUCCUUUCAUUACCUUCCUCCUGACAUGCAGUAUGUUCUGUACUAUCUGACCUACCAUCUGAGACCAUAUGGAUACAAAUACAGGUUCAAUCCUGGUAAAAAAAACAAAACAAACAUGAAAUGAGAGUGUUUGCUGUGUCUAAUAUGUGUGUUGGUGCUGGCUGUUUGUUCAAAUACUUUUCACACUUGCGAGUCCUCCUACUGUACUGAAAAUUAAGCAUUGUCCUUUUGUAUUGUAUGACGAUGUGCGGUCACUGAUGAAUGUUUUGUAAAGUUCAGUUUGCUGGGGAACUACGGUGGCCUGUACGUGCCAGAAAGGAUGCGAUUCCUCUUUGGCGUGGUCAGCUGCUUCUUCCAUAUGCAACAAAUGCACACCCUGGCUUGUCUGUUCUGAUUUCGGGACAUUGAAAUAAUAAAGUCAUUGAAGUUUUAUAAUUACAAAAAAUGUAAGUCGUGAUUUUGUCAGCCAGUGAGCUGAAAUCCUCCUGCAUCGAUGACGCGCAGGUAAACUG